UAACCUAAAAUAAUAAAAGUCAGAUAUAUCUUUCAGAUUUUCCGUGGGAAUCAUAGAGAAAAAGAUCGAUCGCACCUGGAGGAAAAUAAAUAUGAUUUUCUCCCAAAAGAAAGAGUAAUCACAUCAAGAGGCCCUGGUCACUGAAACAUGCGGUGAUUAAGGUCAGAUGUAGUUUAUUCUACGUCCUGCGUUUGUGAGCGUAAAGUGCUUCUGUUGAUGUUAUUCUUCAAGUGAGCUAGUGGAGUAUAACCGUAAAGCCUCUUUACCAAAGAUAUUCACCUCUCUCUUUCUCUCUUUCUGCAACAGCUAGAACCUGCUUUUUGAUCAUCAAGGCUUGUUAAUGCACGCUGCCCCAUUUCGAUCCACUUAAAACAUUCCGUCUUAUAUACAUCUCUCACUCAUCUCCUUCCUUGCAACAUUCACCGUAACUCCCAGUGUACGGACCCAUCUCUCUGUCCUCUCAAAAUGGAUCGCCAAUCCAUCUUCUUUCUUUUCGGACUCCUAUUUUCCUUCUCUCUUGCAUCACAAGCCAUCAGUGACGGACAAUUACAGUUUUUUUCUCUAAUGAAGAACUCCCUCUCGGGGAAAUACCCGCUAAAUUGGGACGUCACAGGAGGAAAACCUGCCUGUAACUUCACUGGAGUAAUCUGCAACAACCAAGGGGAAGUAACCAAUCUUGACAUCUCCGGUUGGUCACUUUCUGGAAAUUUCCCUUCAGAUAUAUGCUCCUAUCUGCCAGAGUUGCGUUUUCUACGUCUCGGCCACAAUCGUUUGAGAGGAAAAUUCCUUGAUAGCGUCAUCAACUGUUCUCACUUAGAAGAGCUUAACAUGAAUCACGUGUACCAUACAGGAACCCUUCCAGAUUUCUCACCUAUGAAAUCUCUAAGGAUCCUGGAUUUGUCAUACAACUCCUUCACAGGUCAGUUUCCCAUGUCGGUAUUUAAUCUUACCAAUCUUGAGGUGCUUAACUUCAAUGAGAACCCCGGUUUCAACUUAUGGGAGCUGCCAGAAGACAUCUAUAGGAUGAGAAAACUCAAAUCUAUGAUCUUGACGACAUGCAUGGUGCGUGGCGGAAUCCCUGCAUCCAUAGGAAACGUUUUAACUCUGGUUGAUCUUGAAUUGAGUGGGAAUUUCCUCACGGGUAAGAUUCCUACAGAGCUUGGGAUGCUGAAAAACUUGCAGCAACUUGAGCUUUACUAUAACCAACUUAUUGGCAAUAUACCAAAGGAGCUAGGAAAUCUCACGGAGCUCAGAGACUUGGACAUGUCAGUCAAUAAGCUGUCGGGAAGUAUUCCAGAAUCUGUAUGUCGUCUUCCCAAGCUUGAAGUCUUGCAGCUAUACAACAAUAGUCUCACAGGAGAAAUCCCAGGUGUGAUAGCAAACUCAAAAACCUUAAGAAUAUUAUCUCUUUAUGACAAUUUUUUGACCGGAGAAGUCCCAAGAAAUCUGGGUCAGUUUUCAGGAAUGGUAGUUCUUGAUUUAUCCGAGAACAGACUGUCUGGUCCAUUGCCAACAGAGGUUUGCAAUGGAGGUAAACUGAUGUACUUCCUUGUUCUGGAUAAUAUGUUUUCUGGAGAGCUACCAGAGAGUUAUGCAAAGUGCUGGACAAUGUUGAGGUUUCGAGUCAGCAAUAACCAUUUGGUGGGCUCAAUUCCCGAGGGACUCCUUGGUCUGCCGCACGUUUCCAUAAUUGAUUUGAGUAACAAUAAUUUAAGUGGUCCAAUUUCGGAGACUAUUGGAAAUCCUAGAAACUUGUCAGAACUAUUCAUACAGAAGAAUAGGAUCUCAGGCGUUAUACCGCCUACCAUCUCUCGAGCCACCAAUCUUGUCAAGAUUGAUUUCAGUAACAACCUUUUGUCCGGUCCAAUACCUUUCGAAAUCGGUAAUCUUAAAAAGCUUAAUUUGCUGAUGUUGCAAGGGAAUAAGCUGAAUUCCUCCAUCCCCGGCUCACUGUCCUUAUUAAAGUCCCUCAACGUUCUUGAUCUCUCCAACAACCUUUUGACCGGUAGCAUCCCUGAAAGUUUUUCUGAUCUGCUACCGAACUCUAUCAACUUUUCAAAUAACUUGCUCUCUGGUCCAAUUCCUCCAUCGCUGAUAAAAGGAGGUUUAGUCGAAAGCUUCUCAGGGAAUCCUGGUCUGUGCGUUUCACCCGUCUAUGCCAACUCAUCGGAUCAAAGUUUUCCCACAUGCUCAAAGACUGGCAACAAGAAGAGGCUAAGCACUUUCUGGGUAGCAGGGACUUCAGUGGUUUUGAUCAUAACUGGAGCAGCCUUGUUUCUGAAAAGAAGGUGUAGCAAAGAGAGAGCUGCGGUGGAACAUGACGAAACAUGGCCAUUCUUCUCUUGUGAAGUGAAGAACUUUCACAGAAUUACAAUUGACCAACGGGAGAUCGUCGAGGCCAUGGUCGAAAAGAAUAGAGUGGGGCAUGGAGGGUCUGGGAUAGUGUACAAGAUCGGGUUAAAAAGCGGUGAAUUUGUUGCUGUGAAGCGGCUAUGGAGUCGAAAGUUAAAGGAUUCUGUUCCAGAUCAGGAUGGUUUAGCUUUAGACAAGACGUUGAAAACUGAGGUGGAGACCCUGGGAAAUAUAAGGCACAAGAACAUAGUCAAGCUGUACUGCUACUUCUCGAGUUUGGAUUGCAGCUUGUUAGUUUAUGAGUACAUGCCAAAUGGUAAUCUCUGGGAUGCUCUGCACAAAGGUUCGGUCCAUUUGGAUUGGCCUACUCGCCAUAAGAUUGCCCUGGGGACAGCACAGGGUCUGGCAUACCUCCACCAUGAUUUGCUCCCUCCUAUAAUUCAUCGAGACGUCAAGUCAACUAACAUCCUUCUCGACGUUGAUUACCAACCCAAGGUUGCGGAUUUCGGGAUUGCCAAGGUAUUGCAAGCAAGAGGAGGGAAGGACUCCACAUCUACCGUUGUUGCGGGAACAUAUGGUUACUUGGCACCAGAAUAUGCUUAUUCUUCCAGAGCAACUACCAAGUGUGAUGUCUAUAGUUUUGGGGUCAUUUUAAUGGAACUGAUAACUGGGAAGAAGCCUGUGGAGGCAGAAUUUGGAGAGAACAGAAACAUCGUAUAUUGGGUUUCAAAUACGGUCGACAGCAAGGAAGGGGCUAGUGAGGUAUUAGACAAGCGAUUAGAAGGGUCUUACAAAGAGGAAAUGAUUCAGGUGCUCCGAAUUGCCAUCCGUUGCACCUACAAGGCUCAAGCUCGUCGACCGACCAUGAAAGAGGUAGUUCAAGUGUUGAUUAAGGCAGACCCGUCUAGCAAGUUGUCCAAUAAGACCAAAGAAACAUCAAAUGCCACUUUGACAAAGAACUCAUCAUUUGAACUGUAGACAAGCGAGGAGCUUAAAGGGUAAAAGAGGGAACUACAUUGCAACUAGAUAAGCAGUCUCAUAGUAAUUGAGAGAUGCAUUAAAUAUCACGACUUAUUUUCAUCCUCCCAAGACUAGUAAUUUGUAAAUUCUAUCUCUAGCUCUGACUCUUCUUUCUCUCUGCUUCCUUAUCUCGUAUACUAUUUUGACCUUGUAAAAACUUAAAUUUGAUUAUUAUCAAUGCUAGUGUAAUACACAGUAGCCAUAUUCCAUAA